AUGCCCACGCGCUCGGUUCUCCAUGACGACAUCGAGUGUGAGGAUGACUCAGACUUCCCGCUAGACGAUGACCUUGACCUUUCUGACCUUGAUGACCUUGGGAGAUCGUCGGGGUCACAAAGCGGUGCGGAAAAACAGCCGAAGGUCAAGGUGAAGGAGAAAGACGCGGACGAACCGAAAGUACCAAAAAAACGCGGACCAAAGAAGAAAAAGAUGACGAAAGCUCGCUUGAUGAGACUGAGAAUGCGGCGAGUGAAGGCAAACACUCGCGAGAGAAACAGAAUGCAUGGACUCAACGAUUCCUUAGAUAUUUUAAGGAAAUAUGUGCCUUGUUAUUCUAAAACACAAAAGCUUUCGAAAAUUGAAACAUUGCGAUUGGCUUGCAAUUACAUCGGUGCCUUGGCCAAUAUCCUUAAAACCGGAGUUCGCCCAGACGGUGUUUCGUUUGCCAAAUCCCUAUCCAAGGGGCUUUCUCAAAACACCAUGAAUCUUGUAGCCGGAAGUCUGCAGCUCAAUCCUCGGACGCUACUUCCGGAAUCAUCGGGUUAUUCAAAGUCCUAUCAAUUCCUGUACGAUAACACAGUAGACUACACUUCACCUAUGAUACGGUCUCCGGAGUUCACGGCCGGGAGUCCGUCUUUCACUUCUUACGAGAGUUUUUCGCCUUCACGUGGCAACACGUGCUAUUCCGUGCCUUCAAUUAACUUUAAUCAUCAAUCAAACGUGCCCGUGACGGUGAGCGGAUACAUAUCACCUCGUAUAACAAGUCCCCUCCACGGAUUUACGCCAGACAAUAGUCUCCAAGUCGAAGCUAUGACAUCAUCAAAUUUCAUGCGCUGUGAUAAUGUAAUGGAAUCAUAUCCGGUUACCAGUUUUGGUAUAUCCGGUAUGCAACAACAUGGAGGCCUUCAGCAGACGUGCCCACAACCGUAUGGUAUUAUGAACGCCCCCUCGGAUCAACUCAUUGAACACGGACUGCCUUUCCUUACAGGACAAGCUAAUCUCUUUGACUCAAUCACCCAAUGA